GACAACUCUGAGCUGGUUUGCUACCCGCCAUUAAAAACAAAGGACGAAGAAGAAAAAGCUGUAGAAGAAGACCUUUUACGACCUACGUCACUAUACGUCACAAUGAAAGAACGAUACCACUAUUUUUCCUUUCGAUCCGAUACCAAGUAAUACCAAGGCUAAUGUCCCCAUGCCGAUACGUUUAGACGUCUGGUUAUGUAGGUUAUAUGAAAUGAUGAUUUUCACAAUGAACAUUUUGUGAAUGUAAUUAAUGUAAUGAAAACUGUAUUUUAUACCUCUGUAUAAGAAUUAAACAAGCAGCCAAAUAUCAGACUUCUCUUUAAUCAGAGUAAUUAAAGACAAUCUUUGCGAAUCAACAAGUCAACUGAAAAUCUGAGCAAAUCACAUAAAAGAAUCUCCCUAAAACGAAAAUGGCAAUGAGAGCAGUCACUUUGACACAUAUACAUCUUUUUGGACCAGACUUGAUCUACGUGUUGCCUGUGCAUCACAUGCCUGUGAUGAGCACUGUGAUGAUUUUUCACUACCUGGAUGUUGCCUGCCUCUCUGAAGGGUUUGCAUCAUAGAGGUCUGUCUCACAUAUGGGGGCAUUUUCCUGCACUCCCUCUCACUCUUCAUGAAAUUGGUAUCGAUAUUUCGAUUCUAAAAACCACACGACAAAGGUAUCGAUGUUUCUGGAUCGAUACGCACAUCCCUGCACGUCACGCUAGUUGGAGGCAAGAUCAGCAAGAAGUGGAGGCACCACAGAGCAAACUAGGAGGUGAAGGUUUGAUUAGCUCUACCAGGAUGUCCUCCUGCUGUGUGGUCGGGUGUCGGAAUCGGAGGACUAAGGUCAGUGACACCAAACUCAAAUUUUAUCGUAUACCAACUAACACAGAGUGCCACCAAGGUAGAAGAAAGUUGUGGUUGGAUGCGAUAAAACGAGAGAACUGGACGGAAGCCGCCAUUGGAAAUGCUCGUGUGUGCAGCGCACACUUCAUAUCAGGAGAGCCUUCUAUGAGUAAACACAGUCCGGAUUUCGCCCCGUCUGUGUUUAAUUGUGGACAGGAAGCGGACAGAAGGAAGAAGAAGAACAACAACACAGCGGAUCGAGAGCCGAAGUCUGAGAGAGGGCGACUCGUAAGGGAGGGAGCGGCCUCGACGCUGGAGUGGAAAAAGUACUUAGUUUCACGGCCAAUAGUGGGUUUCUGGGGGAGGCAACCAGGAGCCGCAGAAGAGGUCACGCGCAGCGAGGAGGGGGCUGAUACCACCUCCCUUGACCACGAUUACGUCUCAUGUCCGGACCCAGACAUCGUUGACUUCAUUCAGCAGUUGAGGACACGCGUGGAGACGUUUGGGAUCCACCGGUUCGCAUCUUCUGACAAGGACAUUCGCUUUUUCACAAGAUUUGCAUCGUAUGACCACCUCAUGCGCUUCUGGGCAUUAAUAAAGCCAUCACUGCCAUUUAUUAGCAACGUGACCGCUGCACAGAAGGGCUCAUCCAUGAAGCAAAGUACAGCAGCUACGAGUUCCCUGCAGCGAAUAGAUGAGAUGUUCCUAUUCCUCAAUUAUCUGGCUCUGGGCUUAAAGCCGAAGGGCCUUGCUGACAGAUUUGGAAUCGACCAGUUCACAGUAACCAGGAUCAUCGCCACGUGGAGCAACUUUCUCUUUACCAUCCUAGGAUCUGUGAGGAUUUGGUUGCCAGUGGAGAAAAUAUUGGAACAUUUACCAGCAGAGUUCAAGGACUACGCAGACACUACAGUCAUCCUGGACUGCACAGAGCUGAGGUGCCAGUGUCCAUCCUCACUUCUUCAAAGUGAGGUGGUCUCCUACUGUACCCUGAAAGGCCUGCUUGGAGUCGCUCCACAUGGAGCAGUAACCUUCAUCUCUCCACUAUUUUCUGGAUCCAUCCAUAACAAACAGAUCAUGAAAGACUCUGGCGUUCUGUCCCUGUUGAGACCUGGGAUGGCCAUCAUGGUGGACGGAGAGUUUCUUGUUGAUGACUUUGUGCCAUGCAAGGUUUAUAGGCCAGCAUUUCUUUCUGGCAGGCCCCAAACGCCUGCUGGUGAGUUCAGGGAGACCCAGGCCCUUGCAUGCCUCAGGGUGCAUGUUGAGGGCCUCAUACGCCGAGUAAAGGAGCACAAGUUCUUUAACACCGUCAUCCCACAUCAGCUGUUUGGCAACAUUAACCAGCUGUUUGCUGUGGCAUGUCUGCUAACUAACUAUGAAAACUGACCUCUGGCUUCAAACAAACACAUUUAUACAUUUGUAAAAUUAGAAAUACUACAUUGUAUAUGACCCAAUAUAUGUCAUAGUGUGUCCUAGUAAUUCAUUCAUAGUUCUUGUGCAAUGGAAAGCUACCUGAGUCACACGGUUCCUGGGAAAAAUGAAAAACCGUUAUUCUUUGCACUUCAUGUUGGACUCUAGUCGUUGUGCCUUCACCAAAGAAUACAUGACUCAUUAAAAGUGUUAACUACUGGAUUAUAGGUCUUCCCGUUUAAUGGUCUUUCGCCACUCUGGUGUAUUGACAAUUUUUUUACAUUUUACACCACUUCUAAAGUAGGGCUAUUUGGCACAGGGAGAAAGAAGUCAACUUUGGCCUCUAAUGUUUUUGUCAUUUCUUCAUCUCUGAAUGUCUAGACCACCACUCUAACCCAGAAAUGAGCAUCUGGAGCUGCUGCAAGUAAGCAUGUGAUUUCCCCUCACUGAUCUUAAUAUAUGGAUAGUCGGCAAAGCUCUGCAUUUAUGGGCAGUGUAUUUCAACUAGACCAGAAUUGUAGUUCAGUGAGCCCAUCCAUGGUGCCUCGGGGUGAAUGAGGACACGAUGACGUCUCGUUGGUGACUCUCAGCUGGAAGGUUCAAGUAGCAGCUGUGGGGAUAAAGGGACAUCGGUUUUCAGGGGGCUCCAUAGUGGUAGGUGAUACAGCGAGACUCACCUUCACAAACAGAAUUUAUCUUGUAUGAGGAUGCAUUUAGUGAGAGGGUGAAAAGUAGUCUAACUAAUACAAAUAAAUAAGAAGAAACACACGUUUCAAUGGUACUGCUUGCAAAGUUUAAUACAUCACUAUACAGUUGUGUCAAAGCAACAAAAGUAAACCAUUAAAAAAUGAAGUCAGAAGUACAAUACACACUCAGCAUUUUUGUACAUGUAUGCCCCAAGCAUUCGUGUGACUUGUUAGAACUCAGGUGUGUGUUAAAUAUACACUGUUUGUAUGUAUUCAUAGGUCAAUAUAGUCAUGAUGUCUGUACAGAGGGAACCAGGCUACAAAUUAUAACUUCAUUAAUUCUUUUUUUAAUAUUAUAUCAAUAACAGGCCACUGUGGAAAUGUAGACAUCAUACAGUCAAGUCUUGUGUGUAGCCCACUCAAAAGGCUUAAAGCAACAUGUUACAUGCUUUGGCUGUAAAACAAACUUCUCUCAUUAAUAAUAAUAAUAACAGUAGCAAUAAUAAGAAUAAUUAUGGUUUAAAUCUGAAGAAUAUACACAGAAAAUUGUACACAGCAUCAUGGGCUCACUAUCCUGCCAGACUUAACACUCGGGAUCUAGCGAGAUAGCUUCACAUUUUCUGUUUUUGUUGACGUAUGAGGAAGAGUGGGAGAGAUGAAGCCGUUACGACACCUCGGGUCUCCGGUGCUUUCAAAGACACCGGGAACACGGCCUUCGGUUGUUGUUUUAUCUUCAGACAAAGGUGAAAUGAGGAGAACCUCCAAGAACUAAAGAGCUGUGACAUUUACGAAAAGCAGCAGGUGAAAGAAAAAAGGUGAACAAGGCUACACACUACAGCAACACAUGCUCCUGUGUAGCGUUAAAGGCAGCGAAACAAUGACGUCAAAGCCAGGAAGCAGACAAAGUUUGGAUGCCUGAUUGAGACAUCAGACACAGGAAUACCAGGAUUAAGUGUUAAAUGUGGGAAAGUAUGGAAGACAAAACAAAACACCCUUGGCCAUUUCUAUUAAGUGUUUAAAACGCAGCAGCUCUCCACUUUUUAUCCUCUCCCAGGUUCACAAUGGCACAGUGUGCUUUCUCAUUCAGAAACACUCCUCAGCAUCAAGGCUCCUAGUUCAAGUAAAAUACCACGACAGCCUCCGCUCCAGUUCAUUUCAUAGAUCAUAGAUAAGCAAGCACGAGGAUCAGACCUGUCUUCUAAUCAGUAGAUUUUUAACAUCUUGAAAGAGAAGGGAACAUAAUGUCAGCUGUUUCAUAAAAAGAUGUAAACAAAGAUUUCCUCAGGAAGCACGAUUGGACCCAAAGCUGAGUUUCACAGCACAAUCUGUGGCAAAGCAACAGUUUUGUGGGCGAAUCAAACCUUGAUUUGUCUUAAAUUUGCUUUCCAGAUAGAAUAAAUGAAGUAUGAAGAGAAGAAAAGAAGUGGUACUCUCUGUUUUUGGCCACUUUUCAUGAAAUAAAACCAGAAAAUAACAAGCAGAUUAAUUAUUAACAAGCCUUCAGCGUUACCCUUACUGUAGGUCAUUGACCACAGCGGCCCAGUGGCAGACUCACGACUCGCGCUGUUUUCUCUUGAAGAAAAAGGGAAGUAGUGGAGGAAAACACUUGGACAGGGUUUUAGUGGUUUUUCGUGCGUGUCCAGGCCUGUUUAGGUUAAUGUUAAAGCGUGACACAAGCAGCUCUGUACACAAUGAUCAUUAAGAACAAUUCAAGUAAGGCAACAUGUUGACAUGAGAUGAAGGAAUGGUUGCUGUGUGUUUUUUCUCCAUUUAGUCUUUAAAUUGUGUCGUGUGCGUCCAUGUGAGUUCACCUCUGUCCCAGGAGGGUGGUGCAUUGUGGGUUAAGCCCCACUCUGAAAGCUGCAGUUCAGCCUCUGCGAGUAAAACGACCUCAAACGGUUUCUGUUUUGUGGUGAUGAACAACUGUACUAAAUUCUACUGAAAGUGGAUGAAGUUUUGUAUGCAGAGGCAACAGCUGUGUUAAGCUUUAAGCACAAGCCCCUUCACAUACAGACACCUAACUGUCCUCCUGUGCCUGGCUGGCAUCUCCACACACCAAACAGCUACAACAGUCUGACCUUCAGAGGUGAUUCAUAUGUAAACUUUGUCACUCGAUGUUUGCUGCAUGGUUUGGUGCGAGUGAUUGGCGAAGGAACGUACCAGUAAGUAUAGUGGAAGAAGUGGUGAAAGCUGUUGUGAUUGGCAGUUUUACUGACAUUCAGCCUGUUCUACUGUGAAUAUUUGUGAGAGAAUUUGGCAGAAAGCGUACAACCAGUGAUUUAUAUAUAUAUAUAUAUAUAUAUAUACACAUAUAUAUA